UGUGUCCUCUUAUAGUAGGGCUUUUUGUGUCUCAGUUGCUACUCUCACUACUUCCCUUACUAUCAUCAAUCAUAAUAAAGGGGCAGAACGAAUAGACUUGGGAGUCUCUCUGCCCCUCCUCUCAUCCCUCUCAGACUCUGCUUCCUAUCAGACUUGUAUAUUUCUGUACUGGGUUUUCUUCUUCAUGUCCAGUGUGAUGGGAGAGAGAAUCCCGCAUGGAAGUUACUUCCAGUACCCUCCACCUCCUCCUGGAGUCCAUGCUUCUCCACAUAGGUCUUCUUCUAUCCCUGUAGAUCGAGAAAGAUAUUUGUCUGAAUUACUGGCAGAAAGGCAAAAGUUGGGACCAUUUGUUCAAGUUCUACCUCUAUGUAGCAGACUUAUAAAUCAAGAAAUUAGACGGGUAUCAGGCUUCAAUCACACUUUUAUGGAUCAUGAAAGACUUGAGCAUGAGAGUCCGUUUCGAUCAUUAAGUCAACAUCCAACCGGUAGACCAAUGGAUUUGGAGGGAUGGCCUUCAAUGCAAAUGGAGGAAAAUGGACUUCACCAAAGAAUGGCCCCAUUGCAAUCCCCUUCAAUUGGUUGGCCUGGGGUCCAAGGAGCUCCAACCACUCCUAUUGUAAAGAGAGUUGUUAGACUUGAUGUUCCUGUGGACAAAUAUCCAAAUUAUAACUUUGUCGGCCGAAUUUUGGGACCACGGGGGAAUUCCUUGAAAAGAGUUGAAGCCAUGACAGAAUGCAGAGUGUACAUAAGAGGUCGGGGGUCUGUGAAAGAUUCUGUGAAGGAAGAAAAAUUGAAAGAUAAACCUGGAUACGAACACCUUAAUGAACAGCUGCACGUGUUGGUGGAGGCUGAAUUUCCGGAGGAUAUAAUAAAUUCACGCGUGGAUCAUGCAGUGGCAAUACUAGAAAACCUUUUGAAGCCUGUGGACGAAUCCCUGGAUCAUUAUAAAAAGCAACAACUUAGGGAAUUGGCAAUGCUAAAUGGUACAUUGAGAGAAGAAAGCCCAAGUAUGAGCCCCAGCAUGAGCCCCAGUAUGUCUCCCUUUAACAGUACAGGAAUGAAAAGAGCCAAGACGGGAAGAUAGAUAACUCCCACAGGUUGAUCAUGUAAGGAAAUUGCUGAAUUAGUAACCAAUCUAAUUCAUUUUGGAGCCUUGAUGGCCAUCUUUGAUAACAUGGUCUGUUAGAACCAUGGGACGGUGGGAGGCUGGCUCUGGCUGUGUUCACUCUUCACAAAGAUGAUCUGAGGGUUCAACUCCUGAUCCUCAGUUGUUGUUGGUCUCUUGGCAUCGAUUCUGACCAGUUUGACUGCGUCGUUGGUAUUCUUGGCACAAUUUGAUUUCACAUGCAUUUUUAUGUUCUAUAUAUAUUCUUUUAUGUAUUAUUCCCUUGAACACGGACUACAUUAUUAUUUAUUAGUUAUUGUGGAACGCGGUCUACAUUAUUAUUCGUUAGUUAUUGUAACUUCGAUUGUUCUGGCUGCUGGAAUUAUAACUGUCAUUGAAGUUGUAGCUUCUCUGUGUUAGCUGCUCUAUCUUUAUUUACCUUCUAUGCAUGUUUAACUUCAAAAAAAUAUUAACAACAAUAAUAAUGAAGUUAUUUCGAUUUU